AUCAUCUGUGCUUUGAUCUGUGAACUUUUAGGUUAUGUUUUCUUUUCCACAUUUUCUUUUGUGGUUUGCAAAGAGAGUGGUUCAAUUUGUUGGUUCUGUUGUUAUUUGUUUGUUAAUGGUAAAAUAAUGGAAAUAGUAAAUGAAAUAUUAGAAAGAGAACAAAGAAAAGCAGAAAAAUAUAAGCCCAUUACUGUCGAAAAGCAUUUGGAAUUAGAAUAUGAUAUAGGCACGCUCCUUGCUUCAGACACAAAUGAUUUGGAUUCAAAAUUAUUAAAGUCAAAGAAAGAUGAAUACUUACUAUCACUAAGUCGUGACAACACUCAGCUUUUGCUGAAUAAAGUUUGGGAAUUGCCAACAGAGAGGAUUGAGGAAGCCAUAGUCGUUCGCCUCCCAAAUCCGACUACAGUUCUGCCCAGAGCCAAACCUGUGCCGAAACCUAAACCACUGACGAAAUGGCAGGAAUUCGCGAAAGCUAAAGGAAUCACAAAAAAGAAGAAGGAUAAACUAGAGUGGGACGAGCAGUUGCAGAAAUGGGUGCCACUUUAUGGAUUCAGAAAAGCAGCUGCUGAAAAAGAAAAGAAUUGGUUAAUUGAAGUGCCUCAAAAUGUGGACCCAAUGACAGAUAUGUACGAGAAGAAAGCAUCAGAGAAGUCAGAGAAAGUUGCCAAGAAUGAGCUUCAGAGGUUGAAGAAUAUAGCCCGAGCUAGGAAAGUCAAGAUUCCCAGGGUUGGGCUGCCUGUCACUUCAGACAAAGCAUCAUCAACACAGUUAUCCACUGCAGCAUCAGUAGCUAAAGCUUCAACGGCUUCACUGGGUAAAUUCCAAGAUAAACUGCCGAAAGAGAAAGAGGCCCGUGGGAAAGGGGUGCAUGAGCUCAUCCCGGGCAAGGAACGCAAACGCAAGGCUCCCAUUCCGACCCCACAUGCAGAGAAACAGCAGAACCUUAACCUUCUAGACAGCAUACUGAAUAAGAGGCCGAAGAUUGAUAUGGAGAAAGCUGUCGCUAAGCAUAUACAUGGUGAACAGAAGAUGAGGUCUGAAGAAAAGAAGACUAUGAAAGCACCUAAAGGCGGCAAGCGGAAGGGCCAGGGUAACGCAACCAACUUUUCUGCUAAAAAGCCCAAGGCUGGAAAAGGCCAGAGGAAUCCGAGCAAGAAGAAUCCUGGUCGCAAGAGGAGAUAAACUGUAAUAUUUAUAAGUACAUACAAUAUACUGUAAGGAGUUUAAAAGUU